AUGAGCAGCUGCACCGCCGGCUCAAAAAACUGCAACUUCCACUGUCCCCACGGCGGCAGCUGGUUCGUCUGCGAAUCAGCUCCCUACUUCGUCGGCUGCUGUUCCUCCGAUCCAUGCCAAAACACCAACGCCGCUGCGCCAUGUCCCGACCUCUAUCCCGCCUCCUUCAACGAGAGCAUCUACAACUCGACCCGCCCAAACAACUGCAUCAAUGCUCCAAGCAACAAUUGGUACACCUGUGCAAAGACCCACCCGCCGUUUCUGGGCUGCUGUAAGAGCAACCCCUGCCAGCAGACCUCCGGGUGUCCUUCGAGUGAUCUUAUCCCCGCCGCAUGGAGUCAAUCGUCUCUCGGUCAGUUCGAGUUAUUUCUCGACGGUGCGUCGCCGAAAGGCACAGGGGAUAGUCCACCGCCGACGGAUUCCAGCUCUGGUUUAUCCAAGGGCGCGAUCGCGGGCAUCGCGGUCGGCGCAGCGGUCGGGGUGGCUGUCAUCCUUGCGUUAGCGUUCUAUCUUUUCCGCCAGCGACGCAGAAGGUUGAGAGGUGGUGGGGUUAUGGGGCAGGCAAACAUGCAUACCGACGGCCAGGGGCCGUUUUAUCACGCUGUGCCUCAGCAAGCAGACUCCCGGCUGAGCGCCAGCCCCGGAACCUGGACCAGUAAGCACCGCGCAAGCUCGAGUAUUGGGACGUCGUACGGCUCUCCGACUCUCGUGUCGGACAGCCGGCCACUGUCCGAGAUGUAUCCUGCUUCGCCAGGCAAGGAUCCCAGGCGCUGGACCCAGGGUUUACAAAUCGAGGGAGUUCCGAGCAGUCCUCCGCAGGCCAAGUUCAUUCCCGAGUUGGAUUCAACGCCCAAUGAAGUACACGAGUUGGAGGGAAGAUAG